AUGCGUUUUCUCUGUUUCAACAUCGGCAGCUCUGGGUCCAAGCCCAAGGCCAAGAACGGCGAUGACAUUAUUCGUUCUCAGCAUCCCGAUUUCUCCAAUCAUCCCGAGGAAGAGGCCGCUACGAGAAGGAGGCAAAUUUCGGGGAGGCCCAGCCCGCACGUCGUCGACUAUCGCAUUGUUAUGCCAGCGGAAAAAAGGGCCACCAACGCCUCAGACAUGCCACCCAGCUAUGGUGUCUCCAAUCUAGCACCCUCGGCCCAGCUCAUUCUCGAAACCUUUAGACGAGGUCGCGAACUCGGGGGCAACGGCACCACCAAUGCUUUCCAGAACCUUGCACACCGGCGCUAUAUAGUCUGGGCCGACGACAACGACACCCUGCAACCGGUGACCCAGCGAGCCAUAGAGCUCAUGCUCCACCAGCUCGCCCUCGUUGGGAAAGCCAUGAAGUGCGACAUGGAAAUCUGUUUCAUGAGCCGCAACAACAUAGAAAGCCCGAAUCUUGGGAAGUCCGACUGCGAAAAGGCUGAAGCUCUGCGCGACGUGUGGAAGACAAGAAACUGGGAAGCCGCCUGCGAUAUCGCGAGAACCCAUCCGGCAUUGGUUGAGAUGAAGCUGGACGAAUGGGUGAACAAGCUUGAUCAGCUACAGCCUGAGCCGACGCAGACGAGCAGCGAUUGUAAUGACAUUGACGAUGGACGGUUCAAAGGUUCCAGCAGGAAGGCCAGCAACAGGCAGCCACAAACGCAGCGCACUUCUACGUCUGGGACGAGUGGCAAUUACAUCAGCCAGCAGACCUCUUCCGACAAGCACAUCAGGCUGCUGGCCGAAGUCCGAGACCGACAGUCGCCGUACUGGGCCGGACACGAGCUGCGUGAUUUCCAGAUGGAACAGCUCUCGGGCUUUUACGACAUGGCCAAGGAGGCGUCGGCCGAACAGCCGAAAAACCUCAGCAACGUCAGCUUCACGUACAAGAGGGAAAUCGAAGCCUUCAAACGUGAACUCGAGCGGAAAGAUCACGCCAGGCCGACCACGGUCAUACUCCUGGUGGGGUCUACCAUCACGGAAUCGGAGAGGGAAGCCAUCAUCCAGUGUCAGGAGUUCAAUGACAUCGGGUCGGACAUGAGCUCCAAAGCGGGCAAAACCGACCUCUUUUGUGUCGAGACGGUGGCCUUUACCGGGUACAUGGAGGCCGACAAGGUGCGCCAUUUCAAGAAGAUCGACAACAAGUUCGAGGGCGUCAGGGACAUCAACGACAUGGUCUCGGUCGACGAAGAUCGUCUCGCCGAAUUCGGCCCGAGCGAGAUCUUGUUCAAGAAGAUCCUCAAUCCCCACCUCAAAAACAUUGAUGAGAUGAAGAUGAGCGAGGACGACAAGUACGGCGAGUUCCCCCUGUGCACCAAUGGUGAGAGCGUCGAACUUCCGUCUCUUGAGGAGGUGCGGAAGAUCUUACGACCAGGCGCAAAUCUACGGAUCAACGUGAGCGGCACGAGUCAGGCGGCGGUGCAGCAGCAGCAGCAGCAGCAGCAGGUCCCCCACACGGGCAAGGCCUAG